UAUCUAACCCUAGCUAUAUCUAAGUCGACCUAACCAUCGCAGGCACGCACCUAACCAUGAGGGAGCCACGGCCACGACGAAGUCCGUGCAAGCAGCCGACGACGGAGAAACACGGCCAGCCAUGGCGCCGCCGGACGAACAGCAGCACGCGAGAUGCCAAGCUUCUCUCUAGCGAUAGUGCCGUGCCGUCGCCGCAGCCGGCCAAGGCUACAGGGGGACUACUUGCUGGGGCAACGACGAGCUUCUCCGAGGACGAGGAGGACCUCCUCAUCAAGUUGCACGCUUUGCUCGGAAACCGCUGGCCCAUCAUCGCCGGGAGGCUGCCUGGGAGGACGGGCGAGGAGGUGGAGGCCCACUGGGGUUCGCCGGCGAUGAGGAGGCGCACGGGCGGCGCCGAUCCCGACGGCCAUCGUGCACUACUGCAGGCUUUGCUAGCCUCCUCACAUGAUCAGCACGGCGAGCAUCUGCAAAGGACCGUGCCAAACCAAGUACGCGACGAGCGCCCCGGCCGUCCUACCGACGACAGUGCAGUGUCGGACGCCGGAAGCAGCAGAGCCUGCGCAUUAUCGGACGCCGACAGCAGGUGCCUCUCUGAACUGAACCUGGAGCUCACCCUCCCUACGCCGUGCAGUGCGUCUACUUGA